CGUGACUGCCAAAUUUAGCAGAUGAUUAUAAGUGUGGUUUCGUUUUGAGUGUUAUGAAAAGAAGCACCUUAUCAACGUUUAGGUUUAUGCAGUGCCCAUGUUGACAACUUAAUAUAUUGGGUCAAGAGACCUUUAACUUCAGCAUGAUCAAGAACAAACUGGAUGAGAUCAUUAAAACAUAUUUAGGAAAAUAUUUGGAUUAUGACAAAGAUAAAAUAGAAUACAGUCUUUUACAAGGAAAAGUAGAAUUAAAAGAUGUUAGUCUUAGACCAGAAGCUAUUGUUGAACUACUGACUUUACAGCUAGGUAAAGAAUUCCCUCUAGAAGUCAAGGCAGGACAAGUUGAAUAUGUAAAGAUUGCCAUACCAUGGUCGAACCUGUUAGGGACCAGCACAGAGGUCACUUUAGAAUUAAGUGGACUAUAUAUCAUAGCUGGACCAGUGGCAGACAGACCUUAUGACAAAAAGAAAGAUGAGGACCUCAGCCAUGCAAUCAAACAAGCUAAACUACGGUCAUUUGAGGAGACAGCCUAUCAGAAAGUUGCCAGCCAAGCAGAGAAGAACCCAGGGUUAUUUGAGAAGAUUUGGAAAUACGUUCUCAAUAACAUUACGAUCACCGUCAGCAACAUUCACGUGAGGUACGAGGAUUCUAUUACACACGGAGACUAUUCCUUUGCCAUGGGUGGAAUACUAAACCAAUUUACAGUUCAUACUACAGACAAAAACUGGCAAGAAACAGAACUGGACAGUCAAGCUACACUUCUUCAUAAGCUUGGAAAACUGACAAAUUUAUCUCUAUACUGGAAUCAUUGUGUGAAGGAUUUAGACUUAGUUGGAAAACCAGAAAGGAUCAAAAGUGGAAAAUGGAAGGAUUUACUAAAGAUGGCUGUCAGUACAAACAGGAUAAGAGAUGAAGAAUUUGAGCACAUUUUAAAGCCAGUAUCAGUUGAGGCAAAGAUUAUAAUGAACAACACAGAUGAUUUACAGAUGCCAAAACUUUACAUCCAGUUCUCUCCCCCUGAAUCAUGUAAAUGUAUUGAUUGUUACUUGUCCAGGAGACAGUAUAUUAGUAUGCUGAAAUGGUUUGAUGCAGUGGAUAGACUAAGGGUUAAUAUGAAAUACAGAAAAUACCGUCCAAAUCCAAAUGUACGUCCUGUCAGCAAUGCCAAAUCAUGGUGGAAAUAUGCCUACCAAUCGGUACUACAGGAAAGAAUCAGACCCUUCUCCUGGCCAAAAAUUGUUGUUUAUAGACAACAAUUUAAAGAUUACAAACACCUGUACCUUCAACACCUGGAGAAUCCUAACGAUGAGAAUAUUACAAAACGUUGUAAAGACCUGGAAUAUGAGAUGGAUGUACAUAACAUCAUGACAGCCAGAGAGGAUGCUAAAGUUGAGUUCCAGAGGAGAGCACCUGAAAGAGCAAAGAGAAAGAAAAAAGAGAAGUCAGAAGGGUCAUGGUGGUGGCCUUGGGGAGGAAGUCAGGAGUCUGAAGAGGAGAUAGAAACUCCUGACAAGGACGGAAUAUGGGGAGAACUGUCUGAAGUGGAAAAGAAAGAAUUGUAUGAUAAGAUUGGUUACAAAGAGGAGGCAGACCAACAGAAAUUACCUGACGAUUACAUAGCUUACAAAAUACAGUUAGAAAUAAAACAGUUUGAUGUUACACUGAGUAGUAACAGGAGAAAUAUCCUGAAGGCCUCACUUUGUGAGAUGCUGACUUCAUACGAGAACAGACCUGAAGGGAAAGGUGUAAGAAUUCUGAGUAAAACAGAAGGAUUCAAGAUAGAGGGCGCUACACUUGGAUUUAAACCUUUCACAAUCCUGACUUCUAAUGGAGGACUUUAUACUACAGAUAAACAGAUGUUUAUGUUGGACUAUUACUUAAACCCACUGCCUUAUGUAUAUAAAGCUGACCAGGCCCUGAUACUGAAUGUUAGACCUGUAGAAAUAUUUUAUGAUGAGCAUGCUGUGACACAAGUUUUAUCAUUUUUCCAAACUCCAGACAAGGAAAGUGAGGUUGACCUGAAUGAAAUAGCUAUGGCUAAAUUGAGAGGAUUUGUGGAGUACAGUAGAGAUACACUACUUUAUGCAAUAGAUCAAAAAUCUACAUUCCAUAUAUCUGUUCACAUGAAAUCACCAUAUAUUGUCAUUCCACAAACAGGAACACUAAGUGAUAGUGAAAGGGAAGGUCAUGUAUUGGUAAUAGAUCUGGGAACGUUUACUGUAAGGAGUGAUUUACAAGACAAAUCCAAAUCACUGGAGAAUCCAUCAACAGAGGAACUCCAUGAGAAGUUAUAUGACAAGUUUUUAGUGACAAUUACAGAAGUAGAAAUCUUAGUUGCUGAUUCAAAUGAGGAUUGGCAUCUACCAUUAACAAUGGAUAGAUCACAGUCCAAGUAUCACAUCUUACCAAACUCUUCGUUAGAAAUAGCCUUCUACAAAACCAGUAUGUCUGAUAAUUAUAACCAUCCACACCAUAAGUUUGAUAUAAAGCUACAUUCCUUGACGUUGACCGUGACAGAUGAACAGUUGUUGAUACUAUACAUGUUUGUGUUCCACUUCCCUAAACCAAGGAUUAUAGCUUUGGAAGAUCAGAUGGAUUCUAUAGGGACUGUUCCCCCUAAACUGGAUCCAACAGACAUCCAGUUAGAACCAGACAUAACAUUACUAAGAAGGACAAGAAGAACAAUACUGAGUCGGACUAUGAUAGAAGCUACUAUUCCAGAGGAUGAUUCUGUAGCAGAUAGACCUUACUAUCCCAGAGGUGCAGAUGAGAAUUUUUUCUCUGCCUCUGAUGAUUCUGAAGAUGAGUAUGAUAAAUGGAACAGGUUUCUGUCUGUACGGUCUGUUGAAGAUUAUCUAUCAGACAACAACAGAAUGAGGAUGUAUAUUCGUAUACAGAUCGUAGAACUUGUGAUACAGUUAUCAUUACAACAAGAGAAACAAAGAAAGGAAUACCUGAUGUUUAGAUUGGAUCCUGUUAUUGUUGACAUGGCCAGUACAAUGUACCUAGAUAAGAAUGGGAAACCAGUAGACUGUGGAUACGCUAUGUAUGCUAGUGUUGGUGCAUUCAAGAUGGCUGACAAAUUACAUCAAAGAAUAGUUGUUAUAAUGAAAGAUUCUGUGGAGACUAGAGCCUCAGGUGCUUACUUAGAAUUACUGAGAACAGAAUCCGAUAAAAAACUGAUCACCUUUAGUUAUAGACAGGUGUUACCAAAGUGCCCUGAUUUUGGAAAAGUUUACAAUUACAUAGAGAAUGCAGCAAGCUUCACAUGCCAUAAUGUGUCAGUUAUAUUUGAUCAGACCGUCAUGGGUUCACUCAAGAAAUUUGCUGACAGCAUGCAAGAAAGAUUUGCAAAACUUGAAGAAAAAGUGAACAGUGGUCCAAAUCUGAGGAUACUUGAUGUAAAUCGUCCUGCUCCUCCAACUCUACAUCGACAAGAGAGUAGAUUGUCUAACUACACAAACCAAGUUACGGGUAUGCUUAAAGGAAUGGCAGAUGAAGUGGACUCUAGUGACAAACCCACCAUUAAAUUACACCUCGUCACAUGUAUCAAAGAUGUCAGUUUACAGCUGUGUAAUAUAGACAAACAUUUCUCUCAGAUGGAAUUCAAAGGAUUUGAAAGUCAGCUGAUCAUGAAACAUAGGAAGAUUGUAUUUAACUGUAGACUGAAGGAGAUGUCCAUUAAAGAUCUGACCAAGUAUACACUCUAUCCAAAUAUUUUGAUAAUAGAGAAAGAAGAUGACCCAUUCUUUGACCUUAAGGUUGAAAAGUUUAGUCAUAAAGACAAAAUUGUGAAAAAAGACGAUAAUAUAGGUGAAAAAUUAGACUACAGAGUCAGACUGAGAAUUGGACAUCUACAACUGGCUUAUAUCAGUAAAUUCUUCUGGGAAAUUACGGGUUUCUUUGAUCCAUUUAAGACUCCUGAGAUUGUUGAAGCUGCCCAUGCCUAUAGGGACAUGGUCUCAAAACAGGUGACAGAAAUUCACCCAUCAGCCAUGAGGAUAGCAGUUAGAGUUUCUAUGCAUAGGCCUACCAUUGUGAUACCUAAACAUUCCAAAUCUCCAGACAUUUUCAUGUUUCAAUUCAGAAUGUUUGAAAUUGACAAUUCAUUUAAAAAAGAGGUGUUGUCUAAUGGCCAAGAGCAAGAUUGGAAUUAUUUUAUAGCUCACCUGAAAGAAAUGGAAGUUAGACGUGGCAGAUUAAAGGAGAAUGAAUUCCACAUGUUGUAUCAUAUUGUUGAACCUGUGAACUUUGAAGCAACUUUUGGAUUGGCCCUUGCACCAUUUAGAUCAAGGCUGAUGUAUAACAUAUCUGGAGAUGUAGCUCUCAUUAAGAUCAAUGUUCAACAAUCAGAUAUCAAGUUGAUGUUUGAUGUACUCAGGAAAAAUUUAAAGGAAGGUGCUCCACAGUCUGUUCAAGAUGUAGGUUCCAGUCCAUUAGCCAGAGUAGAUGUUGUUGACUCACCCACCACAGACACAGAGACGGCUUACAAUGCUUUAGUUACACUACAAGGUCUAACAUUGUGUUUAUUUGAUGAAAAGACUGAUAUUGAAGCCUCUCCACUCGAGAUUUACCACAGGAAUAGACUAAGUUUAUGUAAGAUAGGAGAAUUAAACAUCCGAGUUAACACUUUCCCUGAAGAUGACAUAGCAAUGGAUGUUAAUAUUACACUACAUUCUCUGUCUCUAGAUGACACUAAGUCUGACAGUAAUCCAGUUGUUAAAAGGAUAUUUUACUGCCAUCAGGUAUCUCAACAAGAAAACCUACCUUUGAUAUCUGUUGUGUAUAAAGCAAGGUCAAGUGGACAUCAGGAAGCUGACAUAAGAAUGGAUAAAGUGACAAUUAACUUAAACAUUCCGUAUUUAUUGGCUUUAAAUGAAUUCUACCAAUCAGCGUUCCAAUCUGAUGUGCCACCAAUAGACCAAUCUAGGCAAAGAACCAGUCUAGUAUCAGAUCAACUGGAUUCCAGUCCUAAUAACUCAGUCUUACAAGUGAAGGGAAUUGUUAAACAGCCAAAGAUUGUUCUAUUUGCUGAUCCAGAGAAAGAUACCAGUAGAAUUUUAGUCUUAGAUACUGAUAUAGAGUUUGAGAUGUACACAGAUUCUAGUGUACAGAAGAUACAGGCAUCAAUAAAAUCAAUGAAAAUGUAUACCUCCCUCCAUGGAUCUGAAUUGUAUGAAAAUUCUGUGAUAAAACCAUGUAAUUUAGAUUUUUCCCGUAUUUCUUCACUAAAUGACAACAAGACACACUACAGUAUAGCUCUACCACAACUAGACAUUUAUAUUACACCUACAGUCUUACAUCUCAUGGCUGAUGUCACUAAAUUACUGACCGGUCCAGAAAAAAAGGAAAAUGACACAUCGAUAGAACCAGUACCAGAAACAGAUAUGUGGUCAGUCAAAGCUGUGUCAGCUGAUAAAUGGAGGGCCAGAAUUGAUGAGGAAGGAAGUGCUAUAGAUCCCUUUGUGCCUGCAGAAGCUCCGACAGAAUCCAUCACAUUGAAAAUCAAAAAGAUGAAUUCCUACUUCAGAGUGAGGAACUUAGAUUAUGAUGUGGAUUUACUUCACCUUAAGAUGUCUAUUGAUGCAACAAUUUCUGACUUACAAAAGCAGUUCCAGAUGACAAGUGAUAUUCAGAUGGAAGCCAGAUAUUUUAAUGAAAAACUCAGUGUAUGGGAACCCUUGAUAGAGAAAGUAUCUGAAAAAGAAGGACAGUAUAGACCGUGGGAAUGUGUGAUGAAGGUAAUAAGGAAUCGUAGCUAUCCUAUGACAUUUAACUAUGUCCAGGACGAAUUCAGUUUGGAGGACACUUACCGAAACAAUGUCCAGAAACUGUUACAGGAGAGUAAACGAAGGUCAAGUUCAUCAGAAUCAGAGACGGAUGAUUCUAUUGUAGAGAAAACUGUCAUGAGACACAAGUUUCCCAGGACCAGGUCAAGAAUUGCUAGUGAUAAAAGUUUUGAAUCACUAAGUCAUCAGGGGAGUAUUCAGGGUGAGUCUGACACAGAACCCGACGGACUUAUACAAAGUAUAACCAACAAACUGGGAGGGAUAUUUUCUGACAGUGAUAGCAGCGAGGAUGCUGAUAUAAGUGAGAAUGAUGAUAAUGGGGACUUGGUUGAUCCUUCUCUUGAUAAACCUGUCUUUAUAACCUCUAAAGGACCCGUACAUAUAGCAAUGGGUAACUUGGUGUUGUGGGCAUCUAAAUGUUGUGAUCCUUCUCUAGAUAAACCUGUCUUUAUAACCUCUAAAGGACCUGUACAUAUAGCAAUGGGUAACUUGGUGUUGUGGGCAUCUAAAUGUUGUGAUCCUUCUCUAGAUAAACCUGUCUUUAUAACCUCUAAAGGACCUGUACAUAUAGCAAUGGGUAACUUGGUGUUGUGGGCAUCUGAAUGUUGUGAUCCUUCUCUAGAUAAACCUGUCUUUAUAACCUCUAAAGGACCUGUACAUAUAGCAAUGGAUCAGAGCAUGUAUGAUGAAUUAGAUGCUGGGCCCCAGUCAGAUAUGACAGAGGAAGGAGAAAAGGAAGAACCUAGACCUCAAUCAUAUUACAUUAUCAUGGCAUCUCAGGACCAACUACUUCUGAAUAUCACACCACAGGCUAUAGAUGUGCUCACUGAUGUAACAAAAGCUAUGAUGACACCUGAGGCUGUAGAGGGUGAGAGUAAAUCUAGACCUGCAUUUGAAAUCAGUAAUCAGCUUGGUUUACACACCUCGGUGGUUCUUCAUCCUGAUAUCAAGGUCCAUGAAAAUCAUAUAAAGAAAUGUCAGGUUUUAAGGCAAGGAAAAGAUGAUAACCAGGUCAAAAUAGUUCUACGUGAUGAAAACGAUGAGAGGAUUGAUCUACCUGAUAUUAAAGAAGAGUGCAGUGAUGACGUAGAUGGUUUGUUCUCCCGAUCAGAUGAUUUUGUAACGGAGACUCUGGCAGCCUUCGGUAACAUGGUGACAUCAUCGGGAGCAUUUGUAUUUGAUGAUGAUCCAGAUUACCUCUCAGGUGACAAGAUGGACAUCAACCGACUGAAAGUUCAGGUUGAUGGUUUUGAUUUAUCGUCGACAAUAUUCCACAAAAGAGCUUGUCUACAGUUAUUUCCCCUUACUCCAGACAAGCAUUCCACGAAGUACUGGUACCUAUUACAUAUAGAUGUAGUUCAUGGUAGUAAAGUAAUCAAAAUCAUGUCUCCAUUUAAGAUGGAGAACAGUUUAACCUUUGCAGUUGAUGUUUACUGUAAAACUGAAGAUCUGAAGCAGUAUGGGAUCAGUGUGACCUACAUAGAAUUAGGUCAAUACUCCAAAUUACAGACACUACAACCAGGACAGGAGUUUGUCAUCCCACUGUUCCUGGCUUAUAACUCAGAUCUGUUUGUUGCUCCUACAGAUCUUAGAGGUUAUCAAAUCCAUAAUAAUGGUAUUUGGUGGAAGGAUAUACAGAGAACAAAAGAAAGGGCCAAAACUUACACAUGCACAGGUGGAAAUGAGGCUGACAAAGUCUUCAAUAUAAAGGUGUAUCUUGCAGACGGUAAAAAGUUGACACCAAGACAAGAAGUACCUAAGGGAGUUCCAUAUUUCACCUUAGUAUUAAAACCUCCAGUCCUCAUUCAUAACUAUCUACCAUACGAUCUACAGUUCUCAUUAGAGGGAGCAGGAAAAUUCAGCAGUUUGACACAUGGAGAAUCAACACCAUUGUAUACAGUAGAAACCAGUAAAUCUUAUAAACUACACUUACAGCUUCAGGAUUACCUAGGUUGUGAUUGGACAGGAAUAUUUGAAUUAGUUGAUUCUCAGAAUUUAGAAGAGUUCAAAGCCGUAACCAUGACAUCUUAUGAUGGAAUGGAUGAGAACGCGAACAAACAUUUGGCCUUGAUAGUUAAUGCCAGUGUCAAAAUGUCAUUAGAUUUAUACAUCUAUAGUCCAUACUGGAUAAUAAACAAAACAGAUCUUCCUAUACUGAUCAGGGGAUCUAAUUCAGAUGCAGUAUAUGACUGUACCCAGUCUUCAGCAGAUUCUUCUGUCGCUCCAUCUAUUCUCUUCAGAUUUAAAAAGCACAAACGCAAAAAGGCCAAAUUAAAAGUUUACGAGUCUAAAUGGUCCCAGUCUUUCUCCAUGGAUACUGUAGGUAACUCUGGUGUUGUUAUCUGUUACGACAAAGAAAGGAAGAUCAAGUACAGGCUAUUACUACAGUGUCAGUGGUCACAUUUAAAACUGUCCAGAAUUGUGACAAUUACACCAUUCUUCUUGGUGAUAAAUAAAUCAUCAUACCACCUGUGGUACAUGGAGAAAAAUGAGGAAAAAGAUCUGUGGUUAGAUCUCAAGAAAAACCAGUGUAGUCCAUUUUGGCCAUGUACAGACAAUGGAAAGUUAUGUGUACGAUAUGACAAUAGUAAUAUAUCCUCGUCUUACAUUCCAAUCAACACAGUGUGUAAUACUGUACUCAGGAUGGAAAAUGGGAGAGCAAUGUGUGUUAAUGUCACCGGAGGAAUAGAAUCUCCAAGGUCUAUUACAUUUACUGAUUAUGACAUUGGUGACUCACCAGUCAGGAUAGAAAACUUGUGUGAGGAUGUCUUCAUUGUAAUACAUCAAUGUAAUCAACACCAGAUGACAGUCUUAGGAGCUGAUCAGUCAGUGCUGUAUACUUGGGAUGAACCUGCUGGCACCAGGAAACUUAUGUGGAACGUGUAUGGAGGGUCUAAUAAACAGGACCUAGAGCUAGAUAUCACCAAGGAUAGUUAUGAUUGUAAGAACUUGACUGUUCAGCAAGUCCCUGUGGCAGAUACAUACAGAUAUAAAGACCAGUCUAACAGGAUAGAUAGUAGUCCUGAUGAUGAUAGUGAUGUAAUAGAUACAGUAGAUAGUCCCAAACACCAAGCCAAGAUGAAGACAAAAUCGUACAAGAUGACAAUAUACUGGGUAUCAUUCCUAGAUGGUCAACAGAGAGUGGUAUUGUUUACUUGUGAUAAACAAAUAGCUGAGGCAGCUAGAUUGAGCCAUGUUGGUAGUAUGACCAAGGACCAUGACAUGGGUACAGGAGUAAAGAUGACAGAAGGAGAACAGGCUAACUAUGUUUUCAUGCUAUCUCUGAGUGGUAUAGGUGUCUCCAUCAUCAAUCGUGCCCAGGAGGAGGUGGCUUAUGUCAGUAUCAGUAGUAUGCCUUCCAUGUGGGAGAUAGAGGUGAAAAACAAAUGGAAAAUGUUGGAGGACGUCACACUGGUCACUUGGCUGGAGGAUAAAUGGAAUCAUGCAGUGGAACAUGCCAAUCUUGAGGAUAGGAUAGAGGUGGAUUUCAGUACUGUAGGUAAACUUAGGAUGAUGAAACCCUACAUGGGUGAGCUAAGAAGGGUGUGUCCUCCUGGCCUGCUGUUCCAUUACAGUCAGUCAGAACACCAGACAUUUAUACAUGCUAAAGUCCACAAAGUUCAGGUAGACAAUCAGCUGUUAGAUGCCUAUUUCCAGACAGCUUUGUAUUCCUCACCAAUACCUAUGUAUAUAGUUAAGAAGAAAGGACCCAAACCAUUCCUAGAGUUUGGCAUGAUCAGAAGAAGGGUUCCUGAAAACAAUAUUGAUACUUUUAGACAGUUCCAGAUAAUUAUGCAAGAAUUAAAUGUACAGUUGGACUGGGGUUUCAUUGUAUCUAUACAAGAUGUCUUCUCUUCAUUGUUUAAGAGAGAAAAGUCAGAGGACAUGUUAACUAGAAGUGAAAGAUUACGAUCAGACCUGUUGCUAGCUCAGAGACCCCUCCAUGAAAUAGCUGAUGUUAUGGCUUCCAGUCUACCAAAUCGUAUAUUUUUUGAAUUUUUCAAGAUUUCCCCAGUCAAGUUGAAUGUGAGUUUUUCCUUGUCUGGAACACCUCAUACCUGUGGAGAAGACCAGCCUUCUUUAGCCUCAGAUAUAAAGGAGUUUCUACGGAAUUCAGUAGGAGCUACACUGACUGAAAUCAAAGACAAUGAACUUAAAAUGGUACAUUUUGAACAGAAGGGAUUACACAUCACUAGAGGUCAGAUGUGGUCAUUGGCUGUAGCUCAUUACAGACAACAGCUGAUGAUGCAGCUAUAUGUUAUCAUACUUGGUUUAGAUGUCCUGGGUAAUCCAUACGGACUGUUUAAAGAUCUGACAACAGGUGUCAGUGAACUGUUUUAUGAACCUGUUAUGGAUACGUUGAGAGGUGAUGAAAACUUUUCAGAAAACAUGGCUCGAGGAUUCCAGAGUGCCAUCAGCCAUAUUGUAGGAGGAACAUCAAAUUCAGUCGCCAGAGUAACUGGAUCACUAGGGAAUGCCUUUGCAUACAUGUCAUUUGAUGAAGAAUUCCAGAGAAAAAGACAGAGAAGACAACACCAGCCACCAAGAGAUUUACCCCACAGCUUAGCUCUUGCUGGACAGGGAUUCCUAUCUGGUAUUAAAUAUGGACUAACAGGAAUUGUUCUGGACCCCAUACAUGGUGCUACAGAGGAUGGGGUUGAAGGAUUCUUUAAAGGAAUUGGUAAAGGAUUAUUAGGCUUGAUAACACAGCCUAUAGGAGGAGUCCUGGAUCUAGUCAGCAUGGCAUUUGAUGGAGUUCGAAGAACAGCAGAAAUGGAUGGUGGAUUUAUUGUCAGAAUGAGGCUGCCAAGAUAUGUCAAUCCAUACAGGGGUUUACAGCCAUUUUCACAGUAUAUGGCCAGAGGCUGUCAUCUACUUAACACAUUGAAAGGAGGAAUGUACUUUAAGACUGAUGUAUUUAUAGAUUUUGCUCCUCUGAGUUAUAACGACAGAGCAGAUUUGGUUGUUAUAACUAACAGACAUAUUCUGUACCUAGAUAGAAAUAGAUUUUCCAGUGGAUAUGAUGUGGAAUGGGAGAUUGAGUUAAGGAGUAUAAUUGGAGUACCUGCCUUACUGGAUGAAGACAAGAAAAUAGUGAUUACAUUAAAGGACAAUACUGGAACUGUUUUCUCUGGGAACCAUGUAGAGGUAUCUAGUCAAGAUUCUGGAAUUAUAAAGUGGUUACAUCAGAAGAUAGAAAAUGUCCUCAAACAACAAAUAUACAGAUAAAUCAUAAUAUGGGACCUGUUUUAACUGGGAUAUGUGCUUAACAACUUUAUAUAUAUAUGUACAAGGUCAAAAUUGUAUGUAUAAUAUUUUAAAUGUUAUUUUACCAUAGCAAUUUACAUUUUAAAAUUGGUUGUAAAGCAACUUAAUUUAGAUGUUUGAGUUUUUUUUAAAUAUUUGUUGUGAAAUUUUAAGUAAAGAAAAUUAUAAUCAUUGGUAUAAAAUAAGUAUUGUUAAAAGAUAUAUAUUUUUGCUUCAAAUGUAUCAUUCAAAAAUUUAGAAAGGUAUGUUUUACAAGUGUCAUUGUUGUUAGAAUAUACACUGUUGUUUAAUAGAGGGAAUGUCAAAAAUAUUUUUAUCUGCUGAACAAAUGUUAUGAUGUUCAAGAUUGGAAAAAUUAAUGAUGAAUUGUUAAGAAUAUUGUUACUAGUGAUAUUGUUAGUUAGUUUUUAUAAAUGAUAAAAAUAUAAUGUUAAUAAUUUAAUAGUUCAAAAUACACAUGGACAUGUGAAAAAUCUAUUAAAAAAGAUGAAAAUUUCUAUGCCACAUAUAUUUGUUUUUAGACAUUUCAAAUAUAUUUGCUAAUGUAUUCUUCUUGAAAAUAGUAUUUGGAAAAAAGGAUUAGGUAAACAUGGAAGUGAAAAAACGAUUUUCUGAUUUUCCGAAAAAGUUCUGAAAUCAUGAUAAAAUUGUCUCAUUUUCAAAUUUAACAUUGAAACAGAAUUUUUGAUUCACUGAAUACCUUAUGAUGUAUAAUGAUGGUAUGUUUGCCAUGUACACACUCUAUAAAAUAGAAAUAACGGGAUCUGGUGUAUUAAUUACUGAGUACAGAUCUGAUGAAAUUGUUGAAGUGACAAGUAUUGGGUCACUAUGUUAAGAUGCUAUGUUUUGUUGUCAUGUAAAUAGAACAAUAUUUACUUUAGAAAGGCUUUCUUCUGGAAGUCAGGAAUCAUGUGCAAUAUUAUUGUUAUUUUUUGUAUCAUGUAUUGUUGACAGUUAUGAUAUAUCUUUAAUAAAAUCCAUACCAUAAGAAGAAACAAUUUGUCUAUGUAGAAUGUUACCAUUUUUAUUGUAACUUUUGCUUUCUAAUAACGGGUCUAUAAUUGUUCCACUUGUGUAAGGUUAUAAUCUGUGACUUUCUUUAAUCAAGGGGGAUAAUUUUCAUCUAUUUCAACUUACUUAUACAUGGCUUAAAAUUAGUUACUUAAUAGUCAAAUAAGUUAUUUCCCCAAAUCAUUUAAGUGUUGUUCAAAAAGAAGAAAAUUCUGUAAUAAUCACUCCAUGGUCAAAUCUCAAAAUAAUUCAGCUCAGCUGAAUUUAUAAUAUUUUCCUGAUUUAAUCUUAGCUCAUGUUUAAAUAACAUUUCUUAACAUAUUAAAGCGAGAAAUAUUAAACAAUUUGCGCAAAAAAAACAGAAUAAAUAUAUUAAAGAUUUAAAAUAUUUUAUUUAUAUCAAAAGUAUAUCAUGUUUAUAGAAAUCUGGGUUUAUUUAAAAUUGUUCAUUACUUGUUGCCAUGGAUACCAUAAAGCCAUUUAUGUUGUAUAGAAGUGCCAUGUAUUUUAAAUGCUAUUAAUCAAAUUUUACAGCCACAGUGCUAGCAAUGUGCUUUCUUAUAUAGUCAGUUAUAUUAUAUAUUUAAAAAAGCCAGUAAUAUUAUACACAUAUAUAUAGCCAUGACCAGUACUUUUAACAUUCCAUGUUAAACUGUUAAUAUUCCUUCAUUGUCAUAUGUUGUCAUGGACAUUUUAAUAGAAUUCUAUAGAAGAUUAAGAAACUUUAAAUUGUGUUGAAACAUCUAUUUCAUGGUGGAUAUUUGGAUCUUCAUUUCUCUUCUACAUUCAUUUGUCAUACCUGUAGGUUCAAGUUAAAAUCUAGUUUUCUUAAUAGUUUGAAUAUGUUUGAAGUGCCAACAAACACAUUUUCACAUUGAAUACAAUGUUCACCUAUUAAAUCUAUUGCAAGCUAGUCAAGCUAUAAAGGUGCCAUUCAGAGGUUUAGAUUAUUUAAUGGGAGGUUUCUGAGGGUUGUCCAUUUUCAUUUUAGUCAUUAUUUAUAUCACUUUUAUUUUUUAUAUACAUGAUUUAUUUUUAUUUCAUUCUACUAUUUAAUACUUUUAUAUUCUAAACAUGAUUAAUUUUGUUAUGUUAUACAUGUAUAUAUAUUUAAUAUUCUAGUCUGUUAACCAUACUGUGUUUAUUACUUUUCUUUUACUUUGUUUCUUUGUUUUGUAACGUUUUAGAUGCUCAUAUCUUUGUUUUGUGUCUUUGAUGGAUAGCUGUCUAUUUGGAAAUCAUACCAUAGCAAUGUUUUCAUUAAACCUGUGAAUGGAUUUUAUUUAACUAUCUUCAGACUUUAAUUAAUUUUAUUUUUAUGUUAUUUCCAUUUGAUGGUGACUUCUUUAAGGUCAAAGGUGAUAUUUUAGGAUGAUAUUUUGCUACCUCGUGGCGAGUUAUUAUUUAUUUAUAAAUACUUAGAAUUACUGCUCCUAAAAUGCUCAGACUAAAUUUGUUCUUGUAUUUUUGUUUAAGUGGUUAAUUUUUUAUUCUUUUAUUCAUAUUAAUUUAAUACUGUGUCACAUGACUUAUUUGUGUUGUUUUAUGAAUCGUGGGAAAGUAACAGCAUGACCAUUACAAUGAUUUAAAGUUGCACUAUAACUAACUGUAACAGGGGCAGAUUUAGGAUUUUUGAAAGGGGGACAGACAUACACCACAUGUUCUAAACACAUUUAUAUAUGACUGUGAUAUAUAUUUUUUAUUUUAGUCUCAUUUGAUCCUCUAAAAUAUAGGAAUAGGAACCUACCUGGAAUUAAUUUGUUAUUAUAGCAUAAAAGCAUGAUUUUAAAAAUGUGUUUAUAUAUGGGGUUUUUUUUCAAGAGAAAACAACUGGAAUUGAAUGAAAUAUUUAUAAUUGAAAAGUGAUAUUAAUGUAGGUCUAUGUAAUGUAUAUUCAGUAUGUUACAUUGUUGAACUGCCUACACACACUGGAUUGAAAGUCACAAGUACUUUAUGUCGUUGUUAUGUCAGCUUACAUGAUAAAGUAUGUCAUAUGUCAUUUCAUAGUUCAUUAGCUAUGUCAGUUUACAUGAUAAAGUAUGUCAUAUGACAUUUGGUAGUUCAGUAGCUAUGUCAGUUUACAUGAUAAAGUAUGUCAUAUGACAUUUGGUAGUUCAGUAGCUAUGUCAGUUUACUGGAUAAAUUAUGUCAUAUGACAUUUGGUAGUUCAGUACCAAUUAGUUCACUCUUAACUUCUGCAUGUGGUCAAAUUACCUUACCACUUUUUCUUAGAAGAUAUCAUUUUAAGGCCUGUGAAAAUCUUUCAUGCUUUAUUUCCUUGCAUUAGAUCAGUUCUCUUCAUUACGACUUCAUAAAUGAGUUUAUUAGACUAUGAAAUAACUAUGAUUGCCAUUAAAAUAAAGUGUACAAAAGUCCCUCAGACAAAAAGAUAACUUUUACAAUUACAAACUAAUCAUGCAGUGACCUGUAAUUACUGACAUCCACAUCAUUUGAAGUCUGGUAGAUAGUUGUCUCAUUGGCAAUCAAACCGUAUCUCCUUAUUUUAUAUUAUUUCUUCUCCACUAUUAUUUUUGAAUGAUGUUAUAAUUAUUUAAUUUGACUGUCAUAUGCAUUCUAAUAAGUUCCUCCCACAGGGCAAUAAAACUUAUAAAUAUUUAUGAUUUUUCUCCACAAGUGUUUUAUUUGAUAUUUAUAGCUUCAUUGUUCCUAAUGAAUACACUGUUGGAAUAUCUGCUAACAAUAGGCUUUUUAUUACUGUUCAUUGCUCUCACACCAUGAACCAUAUGACAUUUAUACAUAAUUUAACUUUAAAUUGUCAAACAUCAAAACACAAUACACAUUUCUCAAACAGAUUAAUUAUUCAUAGACUUCCCUUUUCUUUGCAAAAUUUUAGUUUCCCUAUUGUAUUUGAUUAUAAUUAAUUGUGAGCUUGUCCCAUGAUGCAAAGUAAAAAGUCAUAUAAUUCUUGUUAAAAUCAGCUGAUAUGGUAAUUGUUAACAAUGUUGUCAUUGUCUUAUAAAUUAUGACUAUGUCUUUAUUUUGUUUAUAUUGACAAUCUGCUGGGCCAGUGUUGGAUAUGUAAUUGUUAUUAUUUAUAAUUGAUUGUGGUAUGUAACAGACAUGAUGGUUAUGAACUGGAACAUAGUAAUUACUUUAACCACAAAUCUUCUAAUAUCUAAACUCAAAUUUGGUGAAUAAGUAUGCUUAAUAUUUUUUUUUUGUCACGUUGCAAUAUUUCAACAGCUGUUUAUGGGUAACUUAAAGAAAUAGAUGGAAAGAAAAUUUUUGAAAUUAAGCUUUUGUAGAAGACAAGCAAUAAACAAGUUAUUUACCUUUUUAAAUCAAUUUUUAUUGAAACUAUGCCAAUUUUCCAAUAGUUGUGGUAAUGCCAUCAACCCCUUGGGUAUAAAUGUGAUGUUAAUAAAGUUUAUUAGUUCAUAUAUUGAGAUAUUUAAAAAUAAUCCGUAUAUUGACAGUAUAUUGUUUAUUUAGAUAUACCAGCAUCAAACAAUUGAUAUUUGUAAGGUUUAAUAUUAUACACUAUUUGAAACAAAAUUAAAGCCAUGGAAAAGGUACAGCACAUGAGUUUAUUUGCCUUCCAUGUAGUCACUUUUUGCUUCCUUGUUGGAAUAAAGUAAAUACCGGUACCCUCUUAUUUGGCAUGAAAUAAAUUUUUUUUUUAAAAGCGAAAAGAAAUCACCUGUUUGGUUACCAUAAAUAUAAGAUUAAUUAGUUCUGACGCAGUCAGUCACAACAAAUCAGUGGGGAUGAUGGAGAAAAGCCAAAUCUAUGGUCACAGUCUUCCUAGGAUGUGCAAAAGCUAAUACCACAAGAUAAUCGUACUUAAAUAGCCAAAUUCUUUUCAGGUUUUGAAGAUAUUUUUGCAAAAAAACCAUGGUAACUUUAAGUUUUGUGGAAUCUUUGAUAUUCAAUAUUUGAUAUUGCUGUUCUGUUAAAUUUCCAUAUUUGUUGUUUCUAGCCAUAUUAAAGCUAUGACAGUAUUUAUUAAUGUUUAGUAUGGAUCUGUGUAUAACAUCAUAUGAUAAUAAUUGUUAGUACACAUGUUUAUAUACUGUAAAUUCAGAAAUUAUUGCGAGGUUAUUAUUAUUGCGACAAAUGCGACAGAGUUGUAAACGCAAUAAUUUAAACUCGCAUUUUGAAAUAUUUUAUAUGAACUAAACAGGAUUUUUCUCAAAAUCGUAAAAAUUAAAAUCGCAUUUAAGUCUAAAAUGACAAAAUCGCAAUAAUAAAUGCACGCAAUAAUUUCUGAAUUUACAGUAUAUAAUAGUCUGUGGUCUUUGUUGUAUGAAUAAAAUCUUAUAAUGCAUC